AUGUCCUCUCUGUCCGUUCUUCCACCGAAAUGUCUGCUACAGCCUUUCCCUAUCCCCCAGCGACUUUUGCUUGGGCCAGGACCGUCCAAUGUGCCCGCUCGGAUCACAGCAGCAGGAGCACAGCCCAUCCUGGGCCACCUGCACGCAGAAACCAUCGAGAUUAUGGAUCAGAUCAAGAGUGGCAUUCAGUAUGCGUUUCAGACCCAAAACCGAGUGACUCUGGCAGUGAGUGGACCGGGUCACGCCGCUAUGGAGUGUGCCAUCUUUAACUCUCUGGAGCCCAGAGAGAGCGUCCUCAUAGCAGUCAAUGGCAUAUGGGGGGAAAGGGCUGCAGAGAUCGCUGAGAGGAUAGGUACUGAUUCUGUUUUUACUAGAAAGCCUGCAACUAAGAGUAAUAAAAAGGUGAUCCGGAACAUCAUUCAUUCAUGUAUGGAACACUGUUCAACAGGCGCCAAGGUGAACACAGUUGUAACCUCUGCUGGUGGGUACUUUACAAAUGAGGAAAUUGAGCAGGCAUUAGAUAAAUACAGGCCAGUGGUGUUCUUCCUCACACAUGGAGAAUCCUCCACAGGAGUGGUCCACCCCAUAGACGGCAUAGGUGAACUUUGCCACAAGUACAACUGUUUAUUUCUGGUUGAUUCAGUAGCUGCAUUGGGAGGUACUCCUAUCUGCAUGGAUGAACAAGGUAUUGAUAUUAUGUAUACUGGCUCUCAGAAGGUACUGAACGCACCUCCAGGAACUGCACCAAUCUCCUUCAGUGAGAGAGCAUGCCACAAAAUAUUUAACAGGAGGACAAAACCAAUCUCUUACUUCUUGGAUCUGAACUGGUUGGCAAAUUACUGGGGUUGUGACGACAAGCCCGUACGCGCUUAUCACCACACUGGACCUGUAUCUUCUUUCUAUGGUCUGCGUGAGAGUCUGGCCAUACUCGCAGAGACUGGUCUUGAAAACUCUUGGAAACGACACAAAGAGGUUGCAGAGUACUUCCAUAAAGGCUUAGAAGAAAUGGGCCUAAAACUGUUUGUGCAGGAUAAGAAAGCCCGACUGCCAACAGUGACCACAAUAGUAGCUCCCCCAGGAUAUGACUGGCGCGAAAUCACAGGGUAUAUCAUGAAGACCUAUAACACAGAAAUCUCUGGGGGUCUUGGACCAUCUGCUGGGAUGGUUUUGCGUGUGGGAUUGAUGGGAUGUAACAGCAGCAAGGCCAAUGUGGACAAGGUGUUGGAGGCCUUGGCUGAUGCUCUAAAACACUGUCAUAAGAGCAGAGUCUGACGGCAUGACCCGCCAUCAAUAAAACGUCCAGCAUUUGAACCCUA